CGGCCAUUGGACAGAGUAACACGUAAUUGCACUCUAUUUGCGCCCAAAAAUAUUGAAUAUUUUAAAGAUCACCAUGGUCUUCAAUUCAGAUCCAGGUGAAGGUACCUCAGAUGGUAGAGUUAAACGUAAGCGAAAACAAAAGCCAAGCGGCUCAAAAAUCAAAAUCAAAAUUGAAAACGAUGUCAAAGCUGAGCCAAGAGAUGACGCAUAUUUGGUUCAGUGCUCGCCACCACCAUCGCCAAUCGAAGCAAGUGGCACAAUUAAAUCAGAGAGCGGAAGUGAUGACGAGCUGGAUUUGAAAAGUGAACCUGAUUAUGUGGAAACAGAAAUUAAGACCGAGAAAGACGAAUGUUCGAAGAAGAAAUAUGAUGCACCACAAGAUGGGAACUCAAAUAACAAUGCAAGUGAUGACCACGAUGGUACGAAUGGAGCCAAUCCAAAUGUAAAUGUGAAUGGUAAUGAAGAACAGCAUCAAAGUAAGCCAAAAGCAACAAAGAAAAGAGGAACGAAGAAAAAUGACAGUGGAAAUGUCCAAAUUGAUCCAGCCGAAGCCAAAUAUGGAAAGAAACACAAAUGCAAUUUGUGCAGUUAUUCUGCAUCGUACAAAUAUAUACUCAUGAG